AUGGUGUGUCCGUUUUUGAAUGAGGUUGCAGGACUAGAUGAAGAAGCACUCAUUGUGCGCAGAGCUUGUAGAUGCGAGCGUGUGCUGCGGGACAGGUCGGACCCGUUGCUCCACCAUGAUGACCACCUGUAUGAGCGGUACCGCUUUUCGGCGGAUGGGAUCCGCUACCUCUGCAGACUGCUGGGUCCGCACAUCCAGCACCGCACAACACAGAGCCGUGCAAUGACAGUCCCACAGAUGGUCUGUGUCGCGCUCCACUUCUUUGCAAGUGGCAUGUUCCUCUACUCUGUGAAAGAUGCAGAGAACCUGGACAAAGGUGCCAUUUGCUGUGCCAUCCGGAGCGUGUAUCUGGCACUAAAGUCCCAGAUGCACGUCUUCAUCACCUUCCCAGGCCACAGAAGGAUGUGCUAUAUUAAGGAGGGAUUCUACAAAAUCGCAGCUUUCCCUAAUGUCAUCGGUGCGCUGGACUACACUCACGUGAGAAUCAAACGCCCCUCAGGUCCUCACAAAGGGGAUUUUGUGAACAGGAAAUCAUUCCACAGCAUCAAUGUCCAGAUGAUCUGUGAUGCCGACUGCCUGUUCAGUAAUGUGGAGGCAAAGUGGCCGGGCUCAGUCCAUGACGCCCGUAUCUGUCGGGCCUCUACAAUUCACCAGCGCUUGUCACAAGGUAAAUUCGAUGGCAUAUUGCUGGAUGACAAAGGGUAUGGAUGCCAGCCAUUCCUCCUCACACCCUUCCCAGACCCCCAGACCAUGGCACAGAGAGGCUACAAUCUUGCCCAUGCGAGAACCAGGGCAAGGAUUGAGAUGGCAUUUGGCCUUCUCAAAGCAAGGUUCCAGUGCCUCCAACACCUGAGGGUCAGCCCAGACAGAGCCUGCGAGAUCACCGUUGCCUGCACAGUCCUCCAUAACAUAGCCACGGCAGUGUUCCCGGACAAUGUUAAUGGCAGAGUGGUCAGAGACCAAUAG